GGCCGACCUCUCGAAGACCUUUAAUCUCACAUCUUGGUUAACUCGUGGUUUUUGUAUUUACGUUCGUUAGUUUGUUACGAGGGGUGUUCUUUAACGAAGAAUUGUAAUUUGUUUUAAACGUGAGCGAUGGCGCAUAUUCCCUCGGAGCUCAUAUCGCAUCAGCAGAAAGUGUGCAGACUGUACAAACGCGCGGUGCGUUGUAUGGAGGACUGGUAUCAUCAAACGCACGACCGCAGAUACCAGGCUGCGCUAAUGAGAGAGCGUUUCGACAAGAAUAAAAACCUAACUGAUCUCCGUUAUGCGAAGCAUCUGCUGCAAGAAGGGGAGAAGGAACUUUUCUCCAAGAUACAUUACGCACCGAUAACGUUCGCCAAUUCAGCUAGGGGAGGAGCGUACGGUCGAGAGGUCGAAACCCCGGACUGGAUGUUGGAUUAUUGGCAUCCCCUGGAGAAGGCUAUGUAUCCCAAAUACUUUGCGCGCCGUGAACAAAUGAAGGACGAAUACGAGAAGUGGUAUUAUGAAACGUAUCCCGAGGAAAAGAAGAAGAUUGAUAGUCAUUGAAUGCCUGUAAAAAAAUAUAUAUAUAUAUAUAUCUGUGUCAUAUCAAUGUGACACAACUUGUAGAUAAUAAUGUAAUAUAAUACAUAUUGUUAUAUGAAA